CCAGCAUUUGUCUACACUAUGCAUCAAGCGCAAUGAUACAAGUCCAUAGUUGAGCCUGUCUGUCACCAACAUACAACAGCGGACGAUCCUCCCCUCGAUCCUUCACCAUGCUCGACACGCUAUACAAACUCCCCCUCAUCUCCUCCCUUCUCAACUUCUCACCCUUCCUCCCGCCUCUUGAUACUCAUACCACCACCAUUCCAACCUCUCAAUCUUCAUGUCCCAAUCCACCAUCACUAUCCUGCCCGUUCCCUCCGCCCCGCGAGAUCAACACAUGCUGCCUCAACCACCCAAGCGGCCACUUCCUCCAGACUCAAUUCUGGGACUCAUCUCCCGCCCUGGGGCCCAACACAUCCUGGACCAUCCACGGUUUGUGGCCGGACCUCUGCGCCGGCGGCUUCGACACCUUCUGCGACUCGUCACGCUCGCACUCACCCUCUGACAUCCGCACGUUACUCACGUCCCUGCUCAACCACACGCACACCACGCACGAUGACCUCCUUGAUUUCAUGGACACGUACUGGCUCUCGCUCGACGACCAGCCCCAACACCUCUGGGCGCACGAAUGGAACAAACACGGCACAUGCAUUUCGACCCUCGACCCAGAUUGCUACCAUUCCCAGGAGAACCCCGACCUGUCCGUGCUGGAUUACUUCGUCCACACGACAUCCCUGUUCCGCACGCUCGACACGUACACGCUCCUCGCCGAGGCUGGCAUCCUGCCGUCCCGCCAUCAACGCUACACGCUGCGUGAACUCGAAGAAGCCAUCGAAUCUUCUCCACACGGAUACCCCGUGACAUUUCGAUGCACACACGCCGGCGAACUGAAUGAAAUAUGGUACCAUUUCUCAGUCAUGGGUUCGCUGAGGAACAGUUAUCCCGAACACGAGCACGAGCACGAAGACCCCAAUGAAAGACGUAUGUCACCACUCCUCGACGCAUCCACUGUUCGCGACAUCUUCGUACCCACCAACCCUGACGGCGCAAAGUCGAACUGUCCCAGCCAGGGCAUCAAAUAUCUUCCCAAGGACAAGAAUCCUGACGGCGGCCACCCUGGUCCUUCUCCAAGUCGUACCACAACCACGGCGACUAGCACGACCAUUCCCACAUCCGCUCCAUUCACAGGGAAGGGCCAUCUUGCAAUCCAUAUCCUCGACGGUACCUCUUCCUCUUCCUCUCCCUCUUCCUCUCCUUCUAACGAAUCACCGCCAACGCAAAACAUCCUGUCCUCCUCGUCCGAUGAAUUGUUGUCAACACAGAGAGGCUGCCUCAUCCGCCUCGGACAGUGGUACGUCUCCGGGACAUGCGCGACCUUCAAAGCACAACCUGACAUUGUCGACCCCGGCCAAGCACCGCUCUUCUCCCUUUCGUCGAGUUACUCGCCAUGCGUGUUCAGCGUACGCACUGGCAAAUUGGAGUGCACGAAGUCCACGACGGUCCAGAGCAUAUUUUCUACAGACAACGAGAACCCGCAUGUCUUGUCAUACCAAAAUAGGACGACAUUCUACGCUGACCAUGUUCCGCGGCGGUUCGACAAGGUCGACAUUUAUGCUGAUGAUGGUGAUGGCGAAAGAAGUGUCCAGUUGGAGAUACAUUGGGUAGCUGUAUAGGUUAAUACACGCGCUGGAUCUGUCCACGCUUCUCGGUUCUACAAAAUAGUCGUUUUGCCAACACAGAACUUGGCCUGAAUCUAC